AGAAAUCUACCUCCCCCCCUCCCCCCCUCCCCUCCGGCAUCCCGCUCCCCUCCCCUUCCCUUCUCCGGCGCGCCGCCAGAUUAGAUCGGGCCAGAAGAGUCCGUCCGGCACCCAUCCCUCGCUCCCCCGCCGGCACCUUGGGCCCGGCAUCGGCCGCCGCGGCGUACGUGUGAGUUUGUUGGCGGCUCGGCCGUCCGGGAGGCGCGGGGUCCGGCGCCGCGGGAGGGCAGGGGUCCGGUCUCCGGAGCGGCCUUGGAGCGCAGAUCGGCCCGCCCGGCAAGCGGCAAUGCAGCAGGCGCAGCGGAGCAAGAGUUCGGCGGAGGUGGACUUCUUCACGGAGUACGGCGACGCCAACCGGUACAAGAUCCAGGAGGUCAUUGGCAAGGGGAGCUAUGGGGUUGUGUGCUCUGCCCUUGAUCUGCAGACCAGGCAGAAAGUGGCCAUCAAGAAGAUACACAAUAUUUUCGAGCAUACCUCCGACGCCGCGCGGAUCCUCCGUGAGAUCAAGCUCCUGAGGCUCCUACGGCAUCCUGACGUCGUCGAGAUCAAGCACAUUAUGUUGCCUCCCUCCAGAAAGGACUUCAAAGACAUCUACGUUGUUUUCGAGCUCAUGGAGUCUGAUCUCCACCAAGUUAUUAAGGCCAACGAUGACUUGACAAAAGAGCAUUACCAGUUCUUUCUCUACCAGCUACUCCGAGCCCUCAAGUACAUUCAUACUGCUAGUGUUUACCAUCGUGACCUGAAGCCCAAGAAUAUUUUGGCGAAUUCUAACUGCAAAUUGAAGAUAUGUGAUUUUGGACUAGCACGAGUUGCAUUCAACGAUACCCCAACAACUGUCUUCUGGACGGAUUAUGUCGCGACAAGAUGGUAUAGAGCUCCAGAGCUCUGCGGAUCCUUCUUCACGAAGUAUACACCUGCCAUUGACAUUUGGAGCAUUGGGUGCAUUUUUGCCGAGGUGCUGACAGGAAAGCCUUUGUUUCCUGGGAAAAAUGUUGUCCAUCAGUUAGACUUGAUGACUGAUCUUCUAGGCACACCUUCAAUGGAUACAAUUUCUCGGGUCCGAAACGAGAAAGCAAGAAGGUACUUGAGCAGUAUGAGAAAGAAAGACCCGGUCCCAUUUUCUCAGAAGUUUCCUAAUGCAGAUCCUUUGGGAGUAAAACUCUUGGAGAAGCUAUUAGCCUUUGAUCCAAAGGACCGUCCAACUGCGGAAGAGGCAUUGACUGAUCCAUACUUUAGAGGCCUUUCCAAGCCAGAGAGGGAACCAUCCUGUCAGCCAAUCAGGAAAAUGGAGUUUGACUUUGAGCACAGCAGAGUGUCAAAGGAUGAUAUAAGGGAGCUGAUAUUCCAGGAGAUAUUGGAAUAUCAUCCGCAAUUGCUGAAGAGCUACAUUGAUGGCACAGAGAGGACAACCUUUCUCUACCCAAGUGCUGUCGAUCAUUUUAAGAAGCAGUUCUCUCAUCUUGAAGAAAGUGAUGGCAGCGGCUCUGUAGUCCCAGCAGAUAGAAAACAUGCAUCUCUUCCUAGGUCCACUAUUGUUCACUCGACUCCAAUUCCUGCGAAGGACACUCGGCCGCUCUUUGGCAAGCCUUGCAACAAAACUUCCUCGGAGACAGGGAGGUAUGCUGGGAAUGGUCACGGUGCUUCUCAGGCUUCACAUGCGGCACAAGCAGUGGUUUCACGGAGAGCUGCUGGUUCAGCGUUACCUUAUGACGCGGCAAGCAGGCCGGCGAUGAGCCCAGGAUGCCCUCAGCAGCAGAUCCCACAAAUGUAUGGGCAAUAUCAGCAUCAAGCAGCUCCUGGUGCCGGUGCUGGGAUACCACAGGCCAUGGGGGGCUAUGCCUGUGGGGCGUACACCAAAGGCACGGCACCUAAUGCUGCUGCUGCUGCUCCGGCCAUGAGAGCACCCCCCUACCGCCACCUUCCGGCAGGGCAGAAGAACGGCCCUCUGGACAGACUGGCGGUGGAGACCACCGACAUAUACACGCGGUCGCUCAACGGCAUCGUUGCUGCCGCCGCGGCAUCCGCCGGCGCCACAAGCGCCCAUAGGAAGGUGGGCGCCGUGCCGUUUGGCAUGCCGACGACUUACUAGCGGCUAAGAAGACAGCAGCGGCGCGUCUCUAGACUGUUCGGUCGGAACCCUAGCAACCGGAGGCAUUGGCCUGAAAUAAGUUGGCGGAUGAGGAUCGUCUGACGACGACGACGACGACGAAGGCAUACAGAGAUAGUAGGUCUGAAAUCCUCUUAUAGGCUACACACAGAAGACGGAGGGUGGACCGUGGAUGGGUGUGGCCAGACGAGCUGUUUAUUUAGGUGGAAAAUGAAAAUUAAUUAGCCGGUUAGCGGCCGGCUGGAGACAGGCCAACUCAACACAGAAAUGAAGUCUGUACUGUGUUACUGCUACUAUCCAACAGACUAAUUAAUUAAUUAAAGGGAUGAUGGUCCAUUGAUCAUCAUCAUAUGAUUCAUUCA